GUCAGCAAAACUGGAGCAGAAGGGGCAGUUCUGGAUGAAGCUAAAAAUAUCAAUAAAUCUUUGUCUGCCCUGGGCAAUGUGAUCUCGGCCUUGGCAGAGGGAACUAAAACCCACGUUCCCUACCGAGACAGCAAAAUGACCAGGAUCCUGCAGGAUUCCCUGGGGGGGAACUGCAGGACCACCAUCGUCAUCUGCUGCUCCCCCUCCGUGUUCAACGAGGCCGAGACCAAAUCCACGCUGAUGUUUGGCCAGAGGUGA